AGAUAUCACAAGUGAUGAUUAUUUUGAAAAGAUAAUGCCUUAUCGGAAAAUUAUCCCGGAGGAUAUCGAAAUAGAAAUUUUGGCAUAUUACCUUAAAAAUUCUACUCCACAACUUAUCAAACUUUUGCCUCCGAGACACUCAAUUGACUCUAACAUUAUAAAUUACGAAUGCACUAACAAUUGGAAUGAUAACGUCAAUAUUAUCAAAAAAAAAACAUGGGCGCGAUUUGUCAAUAAUACACGUAAUUCGUAUAAUGUAUCUGUAUUUUCCAUUGAUGAUAAAAGUGUUCCUGAAAUUUCAUGUAUAAGUUCAAUGAGCCAAAUAACAUAUCAAGCUAAUGGUGGACCUUAUUUCAAUAAUUACUUAUAUAUCAGCAACAACUGCGAUCACAAUUCAUUGAGCUGGUAUAAAAAAGAUGGUUUGGACGACUAUGAACCAUGCCAUUUUUUAGUAGACGAAUAUGAAGUAUUUCACAUUCGAAAUACGAGCUAUAAUUGGUGA